AUGCUCCACUUGCUGGCCGCAACGGCGGCGGCACUCCUGCAGCCGGGUUUGCUCUCGCUGCCGCGCGUCUGCCGCGCGCCGCUGGCGCUUGUACGGGCGAGCCUGUCCGAGGCGGAGAGCUCCGAGGUCGAAGCGCUACUUGAGGAGCGGGAUGCGAUGCGGCGCGAGCGUGACUACGCUGCGGCGGAUGAGAUCCGCGAGGAGCUGCGGUCGCGCUUCCGCGUCAUCGUCGACGACCGGCAAAAGAGCUGGUGGGUGGACGACGACUCGUCCAGCAACGGCCGCCGCCGCGGAGAUCGCGGUGGCGACCGGUAUGCGCAGUCUGGCCGCGGCGGGUCAGACGGCGACACCGCCGACAUCGAGGCGAUGCUGCAGGAGCGCGACGAUCUGCGGCGCUCGCGCGACUUCAACGGAGCGGACGCGAUCCGCGACGAGCUCCGGGAGCGGUACAACGUGGUGAUCGACGACCGGGAGAAGAGCUGGUGGGUCGACAGCGGCGCCUCGAGGGAGCGAGGCGGGCGGGGCGGCGGCGCUGGCCGGGGCGGCAGGGGCGGUUACGACAGCCACGGCGCGACCGACGACGUGGCGGCCGAGGUGGAGCGGCUGCUCGAGGAGAGGGACGCGCUGCGGAGGGAGAGGGACUACGCGCGCGCGGACGAGAUCCUCGAGACGCUCCGCUUCGAGCACGGCGUCGUCGUCGACGACCGCGAAAAGACGCGCGCACGCGCGCGCCCAGACAGGCGCCAGUGGUGGGUGGACGGCUCGGCGACCGCCGGUGGCACGCGCUCGAAGAGGCAGGCGGCCGCCCCGCGCGCGUUCCGCGAGUUUGGCCCGGCGGGGCACGACUACUCGCGCGCCGAGGACGACGGCGCCGAGCUCAACGAUGAGGAGGCGGAGGCGGUCGACGACCUGCUGCGGCGCCGGCUGCAGGCCAAGCUGGCGCGGCGGUUCGAAGAGGCGGACGAGCUGCUCGAGGAGCUCCGCGACAUGGGCGUCAACGACGGGCGCAAGGCUUGGCGGGCGGACGGCGGGAGCUUCGACGUUGCGCCGUACCGCCAGGUUGGAGGUGCGCUGCGCGAGGGACUGGACGCCGAGGUGGUUGCGUCGCUCGUGGCGCAGCGGGUGGCGGCCAAGCGCGAGCGCGAGUACGCGCUCGCCGACUCGAUCCACGCGGAGCUGACCGAGAUGGGCGUGUACGUCGACGACGACCGCCGCACCUGGUCUGGCGACAAUGCUGGGGGCUACGCGCGGGAGGGGCCGCCGUCGCCAACGAUUGACGACGCAGAUGUGGCGAAGCUGCUGGCGGAGAGGGCGGUGGCGAAGCGGCGCCGCGACUAUCAGACGGCGGACGAGUUGCAGGCGGCGGUGGAGAGUGCCAUGGGUGGGUGGGCCGGGGGCUGGUGGUGA